AUGUUGUCGGGCAAGAAGGAUGCCGAUCAGAUCUUCCCACAGUCGGGGGAAGAUGGCAUGGCCGUUGAAAUGAACGAUCGGGAGAAGCAGAUCUAUGAAGGUGGCAUUGAGAAGUUCAAUCGGCUGGGAUGGAAGCGCCUGACUGUCGUUCUCAUUGUUGAGGCUGUCGCUCUGGGAAGUCUCUCAAUCCCGCAGACCUUCGCGAAGCUGGGUAUGGUCGCUGGUGUCAUUUGCUCUGUCGGUAUCGGCCUGAUUGCGGUCUAUACCAGCUAUAUCAUCGGUCAGGUCAAGGUGAAGUUCCCGCAUAUCUCCAACUAUCCGGAGGCGGGCAGACUGAUGUUCGGCCGUUGGGGUUAUGAGCUGAUUUUUAUGAUGUUGUGCUUGGAACUGCUCCUCUCUGCUGGAUCCCACUGCCUGACGGGAACGAUUGCUUUCGCCAACAUCACUGGUAGCUCGAUUUGUACCCUGGUCUUUGGCGUCGUCUCGGCUAUUAUCCUUUUCUUCUUUGCGGUCCCGCCCAGCUUCUCUGAGAUGGCAAUUCUCGGGUAUAUCGAUUUUGCAUCUAUUAUUAUCGCUAUCGGCAUCACGAUCAUCGGAACUGGUGUGGAGGCCACGAACAGCACUGGACUUGCAGCAGUGAACUGGUCCGCCUGGCCGAAGGACGGACUUACUUUUUCGGAAGCCUUCAUUGCGCUCUCCAACAUCAUCUUUGCCUACAGCUUUGCGCUCUGCCAGUUCUCAUUCAUGGAUGAGAUGCAUACCCCUACUGACUUCCCCAAGUCAAUCUGGGCCCUCGGCUUGACCGAGAUUUUCAUCUAUACUUUGACCGGUGCGUUGGUCUAUGCCUUCGUUGGCCAGGAUGUGCAGAGCCCUGCUUUGCUCUCUGCCGGUAGCUUGCUUAGCCGGGUUGCAUUUGGAAUCGCCCUACCUGUGAUCUUCAUCAGUGGUUCUAUCAACACAGUGGUGUUGGGACGAUUGAUCCACGGCCGAAUCUUUAAGAACUCGACCAUCCGUUUCGUGAACACCAAGAUGGGAUGGGUCACUUGGCUUGCCUUGAUUGCCGCUCUUACCAUCUUGGAGUUUGUUGUUGCGGAGGUCAUUCCUUUCUUCGAUGACCUGUUGUCGGUCAUCUCUUCUCUUUUCGUCUCCGGCUUCACCUUCUAUUUUCCGGCCAUCAUGUGGUUCAUGUGGAUUCGCAAGGGCAGUUGGUUCACGGCUAAGAACAUUUGCAUGAGCGUCAUUAACGGCAUAAUUUUGGCAAUUGGGUUGGUUGUGUUGGUCGCCGGAACAUACUCGAGUAUUGUUGAUAUCGUAAGUGCAAACAGUGACCCCGAUUCCAAUUUUCAACCCUUUAUAAUUAUGCAAAUACUUACUUUUGAACAGAUUAACUCGUAUGCUGAUGGCACGGUCGGAGGCGUAUUUUCAUGCUCGUCUACCUAA